ACUUGACCGGCAGCAGUCGUCUUUCUUCCCACUGCCACCAUGCCGGCCACUGGGCUGCUACUGCUGAGCACACUGUUCCCCAUCGCUCAGGUUUUUGCGGCCCCCAAAGGCAACAUCCCGCGGCCCGCGGAUCCCUUCCUCGACCCGAAACACGAUGUCUUCAAUCCACUGCGUUAUAUUGCCUCGAACGUGCUCACGGGGAUUGCUUUCGAGACGGGUCUGGUCUACAAACGCGGAGCGAGGUUCAUGCUUUCGAUGGUCAUCGGAUGCUACACGUUUGCGAUCGGAUUCGGCACACGCUUCGGUCUGCACUCGAAUCCGGAGGGUAAAGGUCUGUACAUCGUGGAAUACCUCUUCAUUGUCCUCUCUCCUUGCGCCUUCAUCGCAUCGGAGUACGUCCUCCUUGGCAGACUGGCGCGGUACCUCGAGUGCGACAGACACCUCAUGGUGCCAGCCCGCCGGAUCACCAAGAUAUUCGUCUCUUCAGACAUCACGACGUUCCUUAUCCAAAUCUUCCUCGCUGGGCUUGUCCUGCAGCUGGUCUCCUUCCUCGUGUUCAUCACCGUGUUCGUGGUUUUCCUGUACCGUCUGUACACGUACGACAGGGCGCUGUGGGCCAGCGCGAGCAGCACGAAGCAGCGCGACUGGCGGAUCCUGGUCGGUGCUAUGGCGCUCAGCUUCCUCGGCAUCCUCAUUCGGUCCCUCUACCGUGUCAUCGAGCUGUCCCAGGGAUACGUCGGCCAUCUCGCCACAGACGAGGCUUUGUUCUACGCGCUGGACACGCUGCCUCUCUUUUUGGCGAUCGCAGUCUAUGUCUUCGUAUGGCCAGGCAACUACAUCGGAGACGGAACACCUCCGAUUGCCGAUCAAACCGAGAGCACCAAGGACACGGAACUGGCUGAAACGCACUAGACUACUCCCGUCAAGUUAAUUCUAGAUGAUGCAAGCAUGAAAAUUCACAUAAA